AGCGAGCGGCGGGUGAAGCCGGUGUCGGAGCGGGAACCGCAGUGUUGCCGCCGCCCGCGGUGGGCGCCGCGCCCUGAGCGCCUAGUGUUUUCAUUUCUCACCUCUGUUGUGACCGUCCGUGCCGCUCGCUGGGUCACGAUGGAAGCGCCUGCGGCCGGCGUUCCCUCGGAGUGCACUCCGGCAGUGGCCGGGGCAGAGGUGCGCUGCCCGGGCCCCACGCCGCUGCGUCUGCUGGAGUGGAAGGUGGCGGCGGGCGCGACCGUGCGCAUCGGCUCGGUGCUGGCAGUGUGUGAAGCCGCAGUCUCUGCGCAGCCCGCAGGGCCAGCCCCGGCUCGCGCGGCCUCCGGGGGCUGCGUGCGCGCCGCGCGGGCCGAGCGCAGGCUCAGGUCGGAGCGCGCCGGCGUGGUCCGUGAACUGUGUGCGCAGCCAGGCCAGGUGGUGGCCCCUGGAGCACUUCUGGUGAGGUUGGAAGGAUGCAGCCAUCCUGUUGUCAUGAAGGGCCUGUGUGCCGAGUGUGGCCAGGACCUGACCCAGUUGCAGAGUAAAAAUGGAAAGCAGCAGGUACCCCUUUCUACAGCAACUGUUUCCAUGGUGCACAGUGUGCCGGAGUUGAUGGUGAGCUCCGAGCAAGCUGAAAAACUAGGAAGAGAAGAUCAGCAGCGACUCCAUCGAAACAGAAAACUGGUUCUCAUGGUUGACUUGGACCAGACCCUGAUUCAUACGACUGAGCAGCACUGUCCCCAGAUGUCCAACAAAGGCAUCUUCCACUUCCAGCUGGGCCGAGGGGAGCCGAUGCUGCACACCCGCCUGAGGCCUCACUGCAAGGACUUCUUGGAGAAAAUUGCCAAGCUGUAUGAGCUGCAUGUGUUCACUUUCGGCAGCCGUCUGUAUGCCCACACCAUCGCAGGCUUUUUGGACCCUGAGAAGAAGCUUUUUUCUCAUCGAAUAUUGUCUAGAGAUGAAUGUAUUGACCCAUUUUCUAAAACAGGAAACCUUCGAAAUCUCUUUCCCUGUGGAGACUCAAUGGUUUGCAUCAUUGACGACCGAGAAGAUGUGUGGAAAUUUGCCCCUAACCUUAUAACUGUGAAGAAGUAUGUCUACUUUCCAGGCACAGGUGAUGUGAAUGCACCCCCUGGGGCCCGGGAAUCUCAGACAAGGAAAAAAGUAAAUCAUUCUUCUAAAGGAGGAGACCUCUUGGAGCACGCUCUGCCAGCGAAGGAUCCUGAGGAAGGCAGAUCUGCUCCCUCGAUGGAGCAGAGCAAUGGCCUUGGGAAGGCCUCCCGGGAGCUCAAUGGUGGUGAGGCUGUACCAGGAGUUCUUCCCAGUAAGACAGAAGAGAAGGAAGCCUGGUCCCUCACCCGGGCCUCUCCUGCCAGCAGCAGUGGCCACGAGCUGACAGAAGCUGCGGAGCUCCCUGUGUCUUGUGAAUGGGAUAGUCGGACAACACCAGGAGUGCAGCCUACUCAAGGAGAUGCCACCCAAGAUUUGGACUUUGACCUGUCCAGCGACAGUGAGAGCAGCGAGAGCAGCAGGUCAGAAGGUCAGAAGUCCUCUGCUUCCGAUGGGGAGAAUGAGGAGAGAGGACACAGAAAGAAGUCUCCAGCCACCCGGGAUAGAGCAAAAGUUCUACAGCACAGUGGGCCCCAGGACACGACUGUGGGGAGAUCUGCAGCAAGCCCCUUGGGAGAGUCUGGGUCUAGCAUCCACUCACAUGACAAAGGAUCAGACCUGGAUACUCAGGAGGAGGGUGAACGGGACAGCCUUUGUGGCCUGGGCAAUGGCAGUGUGGAUCGGAAAGAGGCUGAAACGGAAUCACAGAACAGUGAGCAGUCAGGUGUCACUGCAGGCGAGUCCCUAGACCAGAGUGUCGGGGAGGAAGAGGAAGAGGACACAGAUGACGAUGAUCACUUGAUACACCUCGAGGAGAUCCUAGUCCGAGUACACACUGACUAUUACACGAAAUAUGACAGAUACCUCAACAAGGAGCUUGAGGAAGCUCCAGAUAUACGGAAGAUUGUGCCAGAGCUCAAGAGCAAGGUGCUAGCAGAUGUGGCUGUGAUAUUCAGUGGGCUGCACCCAACAAACUUUCCUGUGGAAAAGACUCGUGAGCACUAUCAUGCCACGGCUCUGGGAGCCAAGGUCCUCACCCAGCUGGUGCUCAGCCCUGAUGCUCCAGACAGGGCCACUCACCUCAUUGCAGCGCGGGCCGGUACAGAGAAGGUGCGCCAGGCACAGGAGUGCAAACACCUCCAUGUGGUCAGCCCUGAUUGGCUGUGGAGCUGCCUGGAGCGCUGGGACAAGGUAGAGGAGCAGCUCUUCCCACUCAUAGACGACGAUACCCGGGCACACAGGGAUAACAGCCCUGCAGCCUUUGCAGACAGACACAGUGUACUUCCAACAGCCUUGUUCCACCCUACACCCAUCCAUUCCAAGGCGCAUCCUGGUCCCGAGGUUCGAAUCUAUGACUCUAACACAGGCAAGCUCAUCCGGAUGGGCACCCAGGGUUCUGCACCAGCUCCCUCCAGUGCCCCACUUAUCCAUGGAGAGCCUUCCUCCUUCAGAGCUGUUCAGCCACAUCAGCAGCAAAUGUUUGGUGAAGAGCUGCCAGAAUCUCAAGAUGGAGAGCAGCCUGGCCCUGCUAGAAGAAAGCGACAACCCAGUAUGUCAGAGACAAUGCCGCUGUACACUCUCUGUAAGGAGGACUUAGAGAGUAUGGACAAAGAGGUCGAUGACAUCCUUGGAGAAGGCAGUGACGACAGCGACAGCGAGAAGAAGAAGCCAGAAGACCACGACAAUGAACAGGAGAGAGCACCGAAGGCCAGGAAGCCCAGGGCCCCAGGGCUCCGGAGAGAGCAGCCUGUAGGGGUGCCCUCGUCUGGCGAGAGGAGCGCCACUGGCAUGCGUGCGCCCAGAGGUCACAAGAGAAAACUGAACGAGGAAGACGCUGCCAGCGAGUCCAGCGGGGAGUCCAGCAACGAUGACGAGGAGGGCAGCAGUUCUGAAGCAGAUGAGAUGGCCGCUGCUCUGGAGGCGGAGCUUAAUGACCUCAUAUGACUUGGACCCGCCCCACACCAGCCCUUGGCUUGGGUCCUUUUUCUCCAGAAAAACAUAUAUUUUGCAGAGCUCCACAUACAGAAACACAUUAUUUUGCAGAAAUAAGUGUUUGUAAGAAGUUUUACUAUAGGAAGUCUACUUUUUUAAGCGACAAAGUGUUCUGAGGAGUUGGUUUGCGAUGCCAAAGAGCUCAACGGGGCCUCUCACGGCAAGCAUGGAUCUGUGAUGCCUGGUCAUGUAGUGAGGGCCUUGGGGCUUGCCUUUGAAUGCUGUAGCAUAUUUAGUGUGAGGACUGGGGACCCAGUAAGAUUUAGAGAGCACUAUAGCAAACCCUGGCAUCUUGGGCCUUUUCCACAACUGAUGCUAUCAGGAUUCUGAAGGAUUUUUAAGUAAAACAGCAGUGUACAUAUGCGUGUACAGGACACCGAGACACACAGGCAGGCCUGAGCCCCGGCCCCUUCAGUCCCUCAGCCAAUCUGCAGAUGGCCUGGAGUUCCUGAUUCAGGUCCCUGUCUGCAGCCUGGGCUGCCUGGGCACAGCCUGCCAGCGUGGGCAGUAUGAGGAGAGGCGGCCUGUACGCCCUAAGAGAUCUGAUGUAAAGUUUUUGUAUAUUUCAUACUCCACCCACCAGAUUCUGCUUCCAUUUAAUAAAAUCCUUUUUGUAA